CCUCCGUCUCAUCAAUCACCGAUCCAACGUUUUUUUUCUUCUUGCGACUUCCCUCCUGUUCUUGCCUGAUCGGCAAAUCUCCACCAAUAAAUUAAGCGACCAAGGCAGAUUCUGGCUCUUGACCUCCGACCUGAUAAGUUUUAGUUACAUAAAAGAGGAGGAUGAAUUUUGCAGCUUCUUUGUGUAGAAGAUUAACUGUUAGCAACCUGGUUACAAAAAUUCCUGUCUACAGUUCUGCAAGAGAUGUAACUGGAGAUGGAUUAAGCAUGAUAUUCAGACGUUGGGCCACCAAAAAAACAGCUGGUUCAACAAAAACGGACGCGACUCAAAACCCAAGAUGCUUGGUGUCAAGAAGUUCGGUGGCGAGAGAGUGGUACCUGGUAAUAUCAUUGUGAGACAAAGAGGCACUCGUUUCCACCCAGGAGAUUAUGUAGGAAUGGAAAAAGAUCAUACACUUUAUGCUUUGAAAGAAGGAUGUGUGAAAUUUGAACGCCAUAAGCUUAGUGGACGCAAGUGGAUCCAUGUUGAACCCAAAGAAGGCCAUGCACUUCACCCAAUUUACGUGAAAGGUGUACCAGAGUCAAACACCACAUCUUAGGUUGGCCUUUUUCUAAAGAAAAUCUAUAAAUCAUGUUUAAUUAGUUCAACUUGAAAGAUUUUUAAGUUUCAUUUUGUUGACCUUUUGAAUUUGGAAUUUUUAUUGAAUAAUUCAUUGAGUUUUUGUGGGA